AUGGGCCAAAAGAUGGUGGUGUAUGUACCACACAUGGUGGUAACUGUUCUAGAACAAAAGGGGGGUCAUUGGCUGUCCCCCAGCAGAAUGCUAAAAUAUCAGGUUGUCUUGCCAGAGCAGGAUGAUGUGGAACUAAAAACCACAACCAUCGUAAAUCCAGCAAUGUUCCUGUCAACGAAAAAUCCAACAGAAAAUCUAGAACAUGACUGCCUGCUAACUGUUGAACAAGUCUAUUCCAGCAGACCGGACCUGAGGGAUGAGCCUCUGGAAAAUCCUGAUUUCGAAUUGUUCACGGAUGGAAGCAGCUUUGUGAAAGAAGAAAGACGAACGGCCGGAUACGCUGUUGUCACCACCACCGAGGUACUGGAGUCAGGAACGCUACCUGCAAAUACCUCGGCACAGAAAGCAGAACUGGUGGCAUUGAGGCAAGCCUUGCGAAUGGCAGAAGAAAAAAGGGUAAAUAUAUGGACUGACUCUAAAUAUGCAUUUGGUGUAAUUCAUGCUCAUGAAGCCAUCUGGAAAGAAAGAGGACUGCUCUCAGCCCAAGGUUCAUCGAUAAAACAUAAAGAAAAAAUCCUUCAGCUCCUCGAAGAGGCGCAGAAACCAAAGAAAGUGGCAGUGAUGCACUGCAAGGCUCAUCAAUUUGGUCGGACAACUAUAAACAUAAGUAAUCGAUUGGCAGACAAAACAACAAAAGAGACUGCUAAACAAAGAAAAACACUUGAAGCACUCCGAAAAUACAUUGUGCUGACCAAAUCGCUUGCUUUGGAUACCCCUGUGCAUCAGUAUCAACCAGGUGAUUUCAUGUACAUAAGAACUUGGAACUCUGAACCACUGCAAAAAAAGUGGAAAGAACCUUUUCAGGAACUCACCAACAGAACAGCUUUUAAUCAAAUGAUUAUUCAGGCUAUUGCAAGAAGACAAAACCUUAGUGAGUCGGUUGUAACACUUCCACCACCCUAUAGCGAAACAAGUGGACUAUAA